GAGUUGUCCCAAUAUCAAAACAAGCUUUGUUUGCUGCUCUCUCUCUUUUCUGAUUUUCUUCUCAUUCCGUUUUUCUUUCUUGGAAAUUCUCAAGAAAAUGAAAUGUUUUUGUACAGAAAACAUGGGAUUAUGGAGAGAAUAUAGAUUCUCUCUUAAAAACAUACCCAUUUACCAUUAUUUUCUCUCACUCGAAACAACAACAAUAAAUGAGAAAUGAGAGAGAAAUUAUUCUUGACAACAUUCAUGUCACUUCUCAUGUAAGUUUCGUUUGUUUCUGUGUGUAUUUCCUUUUAUUAGGCUCUCUCUCUCUCUCUCUCUAAAUCUUCCUUGAGAGAAUGGCCCGGCAGAUCCAAAAUCCUCAUUUCUUUUACUUUUCUUGGUGUUUCCAAAAUGCCUACUUUGUGUUCGGCUCUUUUGAGUUUUGAGUGAUUUGAGUUCCUUCAAUGAGUGAUUCCUUGGUGGGUUUUCAAGAAUGAGUUGCUUUUCUUUUGGAUUGUCAAGAAUUCUCUGCUAAUGGAGUAAUGUUACAAAGGAUAAAUUGAGACUUAUGCUCCAAGUUUCAUGGCAAUGCUAGGAAUGCAAACAGAAAUGCAGUGGUACUUCCCAGGAUUUUGUUCCACUAGGGAUCUUAAUUUAAAUGCUAGUUGCAGUAUCUGGCCCUCAAAUAACGUUGAUGAAAUCUCAAAGAAUGGACACUACUUCAAUGGGAACUUGGCACCUCAAUUUCCCGACCAUUAUCUGACUUACAAGGAAAAACUGAAGCAAACAAUGCUCCAGCAUGAAGCUAUAUUUAGGGAUCAGAUCCAUGAACUCCAUCGCCUUUACAACAGACAGAGAGAAUUGAUGGAAGAAAUGAAAAGGAUCAAGUUUUAUGGACAUCAUCUACAGCUAGAAACCCCACAGUCAAAUCAAAUCUUCUCUGAAGCCUCAUUUGAGUGUUUCCAAAGGACACACAAGGUUUCUGCCUUGUCCUGGUUGAAUCCUGCUUGUAGUCAAUCCUCCAUUUUGGUUGCUGAAAACAACCAAAAUCAUUUGAAUUAUGUUGAAGGAAAGAUCCUGCAGGAUGGUUUCAGUACUUUUCAAAAUGAAGGCUCUAGAAAAGAAACUGCGUUGUUGGAGUCUAAGUGCAAGAAAGUUGGUAAAAGGACAUUGGAUCUAGAACUUCCAGCUGAUGAGUACAUUGAUAGUGAACAAGAGGAAUCUUUAGCUGGGGAAACAGCUUCUCCUGAAGUUUCAUGUUAUCCUAUGAAAAACAUUGCUGAGGAUGUGCAGAAGAGUGUUGUAGAACCAUUUCAUGGCAUUAAUGAUGGUAACUUGGUUUUCCAGGAUUAUAAUGUGUCUCAAGCUCCAUUUUCUAGGAAAACCAAAUGCCUAGCUGAUUUGAAUGAACCCAUCAAGCUUGAGGAAGAAACAAAUCCUGAAUCCAAUGUUUUUCUUGGUCCUGUGGCAGACCUUAGAGAGAUCCCCUGCCAGGAUCUGUCUGCAAAAAGAAAUUCAGACGUCCAAUCUCAACCAAAGGAGACGGUCCAAAAUAUCCAGACAAGAGUGGAUCCUGAAGCUUUCUCAAGUGUGUUACACCUGGACAAGGAUGAAAGUCGACAGGAGUGCCUAUCUGAUAAUGAUGAAGCUGGUGAGAACUUAUUAGAAGUGCAAAGUAGCGGUGAAAUGAAUUCUUUCCCUGCAAGGAUUUGUACAGAAAAACUAUCUGCAUCAUCCAAAGAUGUUGAGAUUGAGCAAGCCAGUGAACUUGCAACUUCUCAUUUAUUGAAUCUAAACAGUGGAAAAUUGCAUAGAGAAAGGAAGGAUUUUGGUUUGGAAAGCAAUCCUGAAAAGACUGCUUCUGCUCGCAAGCAUACCUCAACUGAACUCAUUCCUCUGGAUGACGUAAAGACAUAUGAUUCAUCAUCCGUUUCAUCUUGGAGAAAGCAUACAUGUGAACUCGUGAGAGCCCCUAUAGCAAUUCCAUGGUUUAACCCUGUACAGUUGAUUAGAAGCUCUAAGUUCAGAAGCCCUGAAAUUCCUGGAGAUAAGUCUUGCUGUGGUAUAAAUCUUGAAUUCAGAUCAACAUUUUGUAGCGCAAGUGCUCAAAGCAGCUUCUGUAAUAGUGACAAUGAAUUUGUGUCUGAAGAUAGCGACACUCGAAAGCACAUUAAGGGUUCUGUGGAUCCUAAGUUGACAAGGGAUAUAGACCUGAAUUCCAUGUCUCCUAACUGUUCUUCAGAUGUGGCUGUCCACACUAUUUGGAUCACUGAGGGAGAAGAGAAAUGUAAAGAGUCAACAGGGGGCUUAGCUUUGCAUAGAACAAACCCAGCACAUAUUGUGAAUUCCAAUAAAUCACUCCACUUGGAUUAUUCUAUGCCUGACUCAGGAGAACAGCUAACCAAAAAUGACCUAGUUUUUGGGAGUAAACAUGAUAAUAUAUCUUCAGGCUUUGGAUUUCAUGUUGACCUCAACUCAUGCAUAAAUGAUGAAGAUUCUUCACCAAUGCCCACUCUGUCAACAGAAAUAGAUUUACAGGCUCCUGCAAGUCCAGAAAACAAGGAGACUUCUCCACCUGGGGGAGAAUCAGAUGAAAAUCAACUUGAGAUGCCCUGUGAACUUCCAAAACAAGAAAGUAGGGAUCUGCUAGAGGAUCUAAUUACAGUUGCAGCAGAGACUAUAGUUUCCAUGUCAUCAUCUCAGGUUCAAACUUACACAGAGAUAAUGACUUCCAAACCAGCUGGGGCUUCACAGAAUGACCCUCUUUAUUGGUUUUCCAAGAUAGCGUCUUCUGUAGUAGAUGAUCCAGAGAGUGAAUUUGGUGUGGUUUUGAGUUUUAAGAACACUGAUCACCAUGACGAGAAUCUUUCUGAUGGGAUUGACUACUUUGAGGCCAUGACAUUGAAACUUAAGGAGACAAAGGUAGAACAGUUUUGUUGCAAGGCCAGUAUCUUAAAAGAGGAAGCAGCGUCUUCACCUUCAUUGCCAAUUCUGCCAAGAGGCCGGACAAGAAGAUGGGGGCAGCAGCGGAAGGACUUUCAAAGUGAAAUUCUCCCAAGUCUUGCCUCUUUGUCAAGGUAUGAAAUAACUGAGGAUCUUCAGGCAAUAGGGGGGCUAAUUGAAGCUGCUCAUCAAAAUACAGAUGCCAGAAGAACAGGUAGAAAUGGGUGGACAAGUGGGAGGAGGAGGAGGUUUUCAGUAUCUUCUGUCAAGGCAGAAACCUCAUUGUGCGCACUGUCGAAGCAGCAAACUACAAAUGGCGAACACAGCAUCAAGGAGAGCAGCCUAAUAGGGUGGGGGAAGAUAACAAGACGGCGCAGGGGGCAGAGAUGUCCUGCUAGUAACCUUCGGCUAAUUUUGAACCAAGUAUAGUUAAACACUUUGCUUUUAUGGUUUUUGGGGCGAGUUAAUAGCAAGUGAACCAUGACAUGGUCUUAUACAUGGAAGAUAUUGUAUAUGACUGAUAAUUGGUGAGCAUCCUAGAGGAAAAGGACAAAACGAGCGUGCUCCUCCCGUCUGGUUGAAUUUAUAGUGAGCAAUGGAAAUGCUUGUACAUGAAAUAUUUUGUGUGAUCAUUUGUACAUGAAGAUCAUGCUAGAGUUAUAAUCAAUCAUUAUUUCUUAA